AUGCCUGUCAUCAGAGGCCUGGGCAGAACUGCAGAUAUCUGCCCUCCCAGUAAAAUCAACUGUGUUGACAAAGCACUUGCUCAGCUACAGAAGAACAGUGGGGAUACCUGUCCAUGCGAAACGCCCUGUAAUCUCACCCGCUACGGUAAAGAGCUCUCCAUGGUCAAAAUCCCCAGCAAAGGCUCUGCUCGCUACCUCUCCAGGAAAUAUGACAAGUCAGAGGACUACAUCAGAGAUAACUUCCUGGUGUUGGAUAUCUUCUUUGAAGCUCUGAACUAUGAAACCAUCGAACAGAAGAAAGCCUAUGAUGUGGCCGGUUUAUUAGGGGACAUCGGUGGGCAGAUGGGCUUGUUCAUUGGAGCCAGUAUCCUGACAUUCUUAGAAAUACUGGAUUACAUCUAUGAGGUGAUCAAACACCGGCUACAACGUCUGCUGAGGCCGCAGAAAGACGACAAGAAGAACAAACAGCAGACCAGCACUGUAGCAACAGUGGGUCUGGAGGAGAUGAAAGCAAAGGAGCCCAAUGACAUGACGCGGAGUCAUCCGGAGGGGCGUACGCCAACACCAUCCUGCCCAUGA